UAAAUCUAUUCGAUUCAAUUCAAUUCAAUUCGAAUGCCGCCUGCCUUUCUCAAUCAAAUUUGUGAGCACGAACAAACGCCUUCCCACCUCCACAUUUCGAGAAUGCACAACCAUGACAAGCAGGACAACAACAGCAAGACAGCCUCGACUGUCGCCCCUCUCUCAGUAGUCGUCCGUCACCCGGGCAAGCAAGGGAGGCAAGCAAUGCAGGCAUAGCAUUGCAUUGCAUGCGGCAGUCCCAAGACUAUGAAGGAUCGGAAGUGCAAACAUACAUACACUCAUACGAACACAACUAUAAACCGGCAAGGGCAAUCGCUUAUUGUAUUAGUUAGCCAUCACAACAAGCAAUAAAAGAAAGAAGUAGUGAGUCUCUGCUGUUGAUCCAAAGCAUCAUGGCGGCAGUAGCAAAGGGCAAGUUCGAGAAGGAAAAGGAGACCAUUCUCAAGUCUCUCCCCGAGGAAGUCACGAGCAUGUUUGGCAUAAUGGGGUUCUGCAAGGCUGAAGAGGAUGACGAUGAAGAUGAAGAGAACGCUGGAAAAGCCACCGAUCCUGAUUAUGUGCCUUGUUUGGUUCUGAGCCCCUACAGUGUCCCUCCUCGUCCUGUUCGCGAUGUCUAUUGGUGGGACUUUUACUCCACCCGCAAACGCAAAAAGCAGUUGAAGAAACUCGAGUACUUGGUCUACCACUAUGGCAUCGAUGACCCUUUGGAUUGCUACUCCUUCGUGACCCAAGAGGACUUUGUGACCUAUGACGAUGGUCUCAAGGCUGGCUAUGACAAGCUUCCGAGUGCCAUUCAAGCCAAAGUCGAUGCCGGGGAGGAGCUAACGGAAGAAGAGGAACGGCGAGUCCGAGGCUUGAAGGAGAUGAAUGAAGAUGCCGAGAAACCGGCGGAAGAUCGUCGUCGUGGCAACUGGGAGUUCAAGGAACGGCAUGAGCAAAUGGAAGAGAAGAAGGGUGGUCCUCCCAGAAAGCGACAAAAGAAAUAGUAAAGACGAGAUGUCGUGGAUCGAAACAGUGGAGAGGAGGAGGAUGGAAAUCAAAAAUUUGUCAAGACCGUGGAGGGUUGGACGAUGGAGCGCUUUGAUCAUGACUUUUGUGUUUGUUGUCAUGCAUCAAAAGGAAGCAGCAAUAUUUAGGAGGGGCUUGGUCUCGUCAAUGGGCAGGGCUGGGAAACAUUCAACAGAAGGCUGCUGGAAGUGUUUAAGUCAAAAGAAAACCGCUGGAAGUGUUUGUGUUCAGAAGAGAAGAAUACGGUAGGGUAAACAUCUAGUAAUUAUCAUUAUUUGGU